CAUGCAGGACGGUGGGGUGGGCAGAGCGCUCACAGGGGCUCUGGGUACCCUAGGAGAUGGAGCAUGGAUUGGGGGGGUUGGCUUUGCUCUGGUCCCAGCCCCGCCCAAGCCAGGUAGAGCCAUCCCCAGCCCUCACACAGCAACACAGACCUUCUGACUGCAAUAAUCCUUGGAGACGGUUGUGCCUGAGUUUCUCCUCCCCAGUCCCAGGGACAGUGCUGCAGGGCAGCAGGGCGGUGCUGUGAGAAACCCCCUGACACCCCCAGACUCUGCGCACACCUCCAGAGCUCCCAUUCCAUUCCAACCUCUCACUUCAACUGCCCAUCACCUCCUCCCCUGCUCUCCUCUCAGCCUCAACCCCACCACCAACUCAGUGCAAAGCAUCCCCGGGGGCUGCACAAGGUGGGGUGCAGCUGGCUGGAAGCUGUGCAGCACAGCCUGCAGCGAGCAGGGGCUCAGAAUAGCUGCAUGCAAGCCCCCGAAUGUGGUUAACACCACUUCUUACACCUCAUACCUCUUUCGCUGCUUGCUGGGGCUGUGGUGGCCAGACACGCACAGCUUUUGGGCUGCUGCUGCGUCCGAUGUUGUCCCAAACAUGCAGAUGGAGGAAGUGGUGCACCUCAGGCCCUGCUGACUGCUGGCUCAUAUUUACUUCAAGGGCUUUUUAUCUCGCCUCUGCCAGAGCCCCAGACAUCCGUGGCUGCUUUGCAAAGGGGGAAAGCAGAGCAGAGCUUCUCUGGGAGGGAAGGGUCCUUUGGGUCAGAUUCAGGCUGCAGCAGCAAGGAGGAAGAUGGGGCAUGAAGAAGAAGUGGACACUUCCUGUAUGGCCUGAAACUGCCUGCUCUCUGGGCAGGGCAGAGGGGAUGUUGGACGGGCGGCCGCAAUAUGUGGCCAGAGUGCAGGGUGUGGACAGACGCAGCACUGCAGGAGAUGGGAGCAUGCAGGGAUCCAUCCCUGCUCCAUCUGCACCAAGAGGUGCUGCCCAGAGAGGAUGGAGCAGCAGCACACGGGGUGCAGAAUAGGAGUCCCCAUCCCAGACUGUCUGUCUGCAUGGGGACACUGUGCUCACCUCAUGCCUUCCACAGGAGAUGAAGGGUGCAGAGACACAGCAGUGCUCACUGGUAGGGAUCUGCAGCUGCUGCUGGAGGAACCACUGCCACUGGAGUGGAUAUCUGUUAUUUGGAAAGUGGAACUGGGGGCAGAACCUCGGCAGCGCAUCCUGACGGUUUGGAAGGAUAAAGUUGAACCUGCAAACAGUUCUCUUUCUCGGAGAGCCAUCUUCCACCGGGAGUCCUUCUCCCUGCAGAUCAGUGCUGUCACCCAAGCAGACAACAGGAGCUAUUUUGCAGAGAUCGAAAAGUCAGAUGGGUCCGUUUCGACCAAGUGCUUCCACGUGUCAGUGUGGGGUGAGUGCCUGGACCUCCUGCCCUCCUCCCUCCCCAUCCCCUCUAACCUCUCUGUCCCUGCAGAGCCUGUGGGCAGCCCACACCUGGAGACACGCGUGCUGCAGCAGGAGCAGGGACGGUGCAGCUUCCAGCUGUCCUGCACUGUGCCUGAGGCCACCACCGUGUCCUACAGCUGGUCCCGUGACUGGGAGCCACUGGGCAACCAGAGCGUGCUGGAAGUGCCCAAGGAUGUGCAGCCUGGGCUCUAUGUUUGCAAUGUAAGCAACCCGGCUAGCUGGAAUACGGCCAGCAUCGACACGACCACAGCCUGCAGCCAGACAGGGCUGUUUGGUGCCAUCCCGUGGUGGGCAGUGACCGUGUUGCUGGUGCUGGCUGUCUGCACUGCUGGCUCCACCACCUACUGGUGCUGGAGGAGGAGGAGGAGGAAGGACCGCCCUGCAGCUCCGACCCCCUCAGCUCCCCCAGAACACACAGAGCCAUCGCUGACUGUCUAUGAGGAGGUGGGCAAACUCCAAACCGGUCAAGAGCCUAAUGGGAACAGUGAGGCUCACAUGGUGGGAAACACCGUCUACGCUGUGGUCAACCCCAAAGGACAGAGGCCCAGAAGCCCUCAAAAGCCCGAAAGCUGCACCAUUUACUCCACUGUUCAGCACAGCAUGAAGUCCCCCUCCUUCAAGAGGAAGAAGUUGGACCGAGCUUUGGUUUCCACUGCCUACAUGGAGGUAACAGGCACAGGGCAGCGGACAGACGAGCCCUUCACAUCUCCUCUCCAAAUACCACGCUCUUGAGAUUCUUGGUGCUGGAAUUUGGGUGACUUUCUGGGUGACGGCACCUUUGAGACAUUACCCCUCAUCUCAGAGCUCAUCCACAUCUCCCACGAACCUCCAAAACUCCUGAGCCCUGCAGGCACUUGGAUUCUCUGCCCCCCCCCCUCCUUCUGCAGCUCGGGGACUCAUUGGGGAUGGGAAACAUCUGGACUUGGGUUUUGCUAACACCACAACCACCCCCUAUCCUGACUGCUGCUGGGGGUUCAGCCCUGCACCCAACGGUCCUUCCUUCCUCUGAUGCCCUCCGACGGCACGAGAGACUCCAGGAAGAGGGGAGGGGGAGAGAAAGGGGACUCUGGCUUCAAAAAAUCGCACCAAAGGCGAGAUCAAGGCUUUUAUUUGGGAUUAAAAUUAAACGUGUCUCUUUGAUGGGAGCUCACUCCCGA